GCGGCUGCGAUGUGACUGCGGCGCCGGCGGAGGAAGUUGGGGGUGCGUCCGCCCUCUCGCUCUCUGUCUUCUCAGGGCUUAAGAAGUUUGUGUGAGUGCAAAGUAAGGCCAAAAGAUGGAAGAAAGGAAAAUAAAGAGGAAGAGUCCCAAAUCCUUUAGCACCCACUCUACUCAGGUCGGUAAUGCCAAGAAAACCUCCAUGCCAGUAAGCAGAAGCACAGGAUUUUCCAAUCCCGCAUCACAAUCAACCUCGCAGAGACCAAAGUUAAAAAGAGGGAUAAAAGAAAAGCCCAAACCUCAGGGAGGGGAAGGAAAAGGUGCCCAGGCGGCUCCAAUUCAACACUCCUUUCUCACAGAUGUCUCAGAUGUUCAAGACAUGGAGCGGGGGCUCCUGAGCCUUCUCAAUGAUUUCCACUCUGGAAAACUGCAAGCAUUUGGAAAUGAGUGUUCCAUAGAGCAGAUGGAACAUGUGCGGAGCAUGCAGGAGAAGUUAGCCCGCUUGAAUUUGGAGCUCUAUGGGGAGUUGGAGGAACUUCCUGAGGAUAAGAGAAAAAUAGCAAGUGAUUCAAAUCUGGAUAGGCUUUUGUCGGAUCUAGAAGAGCUGAAUUCUUCUAUACAGAAACUCCACUUGGCAGAUACCCAAGAUGUUCCAAAUACUUCUACCAGUUAAAACUAAAUGCAGCUCCGUGUCUUGUCAUUUGGAGGCCCAGAAAUGCAGCAGUAUUCUUAAUUUUUCCAAUGGAAUGCAGAAGCUGAUGAAUCUCCUACCACAGCGAAUUAAAAGUGCAAAUGCAACUGAUUGUUUUCGCAUAUUGCUUUUUGCCAAUCGGAAUGCUGUAAUUCAUCAGGGCCAGAGAACAGGCUAUGCUGAAGUCUUAAAUCAGAAAAUGUGACUACAAGAUUGUGCUGCUAAGCUGCGUAUUACUACUGCCUUAUGGUCCAAAAGCUGGAAGUAAAACUUGAAAGCACAUUUGUUUCACAGUAAGUGUUGGCCAUAGGGCUGGCGGAUUUCUGUCCCAAGCUCACCAAACUCACUCCAGUUUUGUUUUAUAAGCUGGCAACUCAGGCUUUUUUUUUUUUUUUUUUUUUGUGGCUGCCUGGCUUCAGUUUACUAGGAAAAGUAUCUGCACACCACCCAGUGUGUGCUUCAGUGGCCAGUGACAACAAAAUGUUUGGUGUUUGUGAAUUUCCUAUUUUUAAUAAAGUAAUCAUUUUA